AGGUGAAUGAUGCUAGUUUGUUGGGGAAGAGUAAGAUUGCGCGAUGUGUGUGUAUGUGUUUGUCGAUGUUAAUCAAAAGGUGGAGAUGAAGAAGGUAAAAAAAAAAUGAGAUGCAACUAACAGUUUUAAGUGAUGAACCAUUAUGUUGACAAGCCGCUACUCCAUUGACAUAGAAUUUUCUCUCUCAAUGGUGUAAUUUUGGCGCGCGUGGUUUUGUGUAUUAAAAGGUGAACUGCUGCGAUGGUUUUAGAAGAUAGAACAAACUUGUUUACUUGAACCUAUAUUAUAUUUAUAAAAUCUGUGAAACUAGUGCAAAAUAAUAUUCUCUCUUGUGGUGCAGUGAAACAAGAAUUUUUGCAAAAUUUACAGCUUAAAAGAUAAUAAAUUGUCCAACACUCUUGUGUCCGUGCGUACAAGUUAUUUUAAUGCAAAAUUCUCACUGUCUUUUACAAUAUAUAUGUGUACCAACUAUUUUAAAGUUAAGGAAUUGUUCAUCUAAUUACUCCCCAAGGCGGUCAUUUGAACAUUUUUCACUCUUUUGCGCCAUCACCGUUCUUAUUUCUUUACGUCUUAUGACCCAACAACUAACUUGUGCUGUAAGCACACUGCUGGAUAAAAUCUACAAAUUGACCUCUUUACAUUGGCGCUAUUUGAAGAACCUCUCUCACCGGGAGUAAGACCCGCUAUAGCCGUACAGGUGAGAUGGGGAAAAGAUUCUUCUUAUGAGGAAAUAUUCAAACUGUUUCUCAUGUCAACUCGCUGGACUAUUUGUAGUGACAUUGUUAGUUAGGAGCGAAGAAUGAAUGCUAAGAGAGACGACGGAGGCAUCAUUAAUUGCACUCUAGAUCUUUCACAGGACGCCUACGGAUCAGCUGCCCACUAAAGAGAUCAACGAUUCUUUAACUUUUUUAGGAGUGUGAUUGGACGAUAAAUUUUCGAGGAAAAUAAGUCUCCAUUUUGUACAGGAAUGAUUUAAGAUUCCUUUCUGGUUUCAGGAUUUGUUUAUAGGUCAGUUUUAGAACUCCUUUUAAGAUCGUUUCAAAUUCAUUUAAGGACAAAGCAACAAAUUAAUUAUUUCUCAAAAGCUUUCGGCCCUCUCUGGAAUAUUUUGAUUCACUUUAACACAAUCCAGUAUAAACUGAUUUUUAUCAUCUUUAAAGUAUUUGCUAAGUUUGGCUGGAGCUUGUCAUUAAGAUGAUCACAAAUUCAACCACAAAAUCACGAAGAGAGCAAACAUUCCAAAAGAAAUAUUCUAAAGCUCCAUCAAAUUCUUCUUUUUUUGCAGCACAAAAAAGGGGUUAUUGUUCACAUUUAUUUUUUACGUUGAAAUAUUUUUCUUAACCACAAGUUGUUGCUUUACAUUUUUUUUGCUCAACUGCAAGAAGGCGCCCACAAUAUUUCUUGACCACAAUAUUCUUUAUCCAAAAUAACAUCCUAUACUUAAAUGAUUGGUGUUAAUUUCUCAUGUGUGAGAAUGGAUGUUUAUUUUAGUACAAAGUCUGGCAGAAAAAUUGUGAUCUUUGGCGUGUUUCGUGAGGAGUUUUCUUUUUCUUUAAAUCAUUCUUUUUUUCGGCAAAAUAAUCACCAACAUGUUUUACUAAAACAUGUUGUGUGUGUCACACAGGUGAGGAAAAAGAAACACCACCAUGUCGGCAACUUCCUGUGAUUUUUGCAUGUUGAAUUUGAUGUUUGGUGGAAAUAAAGUGUGUGUGUGCUUUAGAUUUUUUUUUUGCUGAUGAUUGCCAAGAGAAGCCGAAGAGAUCAAGAAGGAAGGCUUGAAAAAAAAUCUGCGAGAAAAAGUGGAGAGAGAAUAAGAGAUGGAGUGGAACAAUUUAGUCAGAGAUUUUUGUCGAUUUAAUUAGAGAAGGUUGUUUGAGAAGUAGAGGAAAUUUCUCGGUUUCAUUUUUGAAUUUUUGUGCAGUUUUUAUGCUUAAUGCUUGUUAGGCGAAACUUAUUCAGACUCUCUUAUAAAGCAUAAUACACACACGAAGCAUAUGUCUCAGAGACUUCGAAUGAAGCAUAAAUCUUUCCUCUAUUCCAUUUAAAACUAUCCUAAUCUUAUUAUGAAUAAUAAAACAUGUAGUACUAUUGGAUAAAUCAACCUAAUUUCAUGUAAAUAAGUAAAUAAGUAUGGAGCAUAAAUCAAUGAAGCAUAAUUCAUUGCAGUACUCCGAUUACUAGUAUCCUAACUCUACAAAAUAUGUACGUACACCGAUCUACAACAAAUGCAUCUGAUUUUUAAAUAAAGUCAGUUUAAUCCCUAAUAUAUCAACAAAAUAUACCUACUUUUGUCGAGCACAUUCGUGGGAUUUUGUGGAGGAAAUUUCCACUUGUACGGACACAUCUCGCUUUCAUGGAUUCUCUUUCGUGCCUGCUUGUUGUAUUAUAUAGAAGUGAUUUUGUGGUGAAUGUUGAUGAUUCUGUACAUGCGACAAAAUUUAUUGUUAGGUCAAUAAACUUUUCCAACUAUUCUCUGUUGGGCCUUUUUUUCUCUUUACAGACUUAGGGUAUACAAUAUAAUUUUUCUCUGCUAUAUUAAUUGCAGUGUGAUGAUAAAUGCUGCGCUGUAACUUACUAUUUUCGCAAAAACACUGUUACGACUUUUCAUGAUGGAGUUUUCGGAGUCAUUCCACCUAUACAACAUGACUUAAUUGUAUGCCUUAAUCUCUUGGCAAUUAUGUUAACUAAAGGCAAUGCCAUUUAUCUCUUUUGUAAGAUGAAUCGCAUAAAAUUCGUGUAAUCCGGAAAGGUCAGGUGGUGGUGGUUAUACUUUUAGUGUACGCGACAAGUUGGUGAAGAAUAUUUUGGGGAAUGUGGUGGUGGGAAGUGAAAGACAAGAAGCUGAACAAAAAGAAAAAAAAAGCUUAACGUCAGGGAAGCGCACGUGAAGCUGCAAUUUCCUGGACAAGGUAAUUUCCUCAUGUGUUUGCACAGACACCAAAAGCCCAUGCCUGUGGCAAUUUUUCGCGGCAAACUGAAAACGUCGCAAUUGAAUACCUGCAGCGCACAAACAUGUCAGUGAUUUAUCAAUAUUUAUCGAUUUUCUUCAUAUUCCAGCGGAUUCAAUUUCCGACCAGACUGCAUUUAAUAUAUAGCAAUUCAAUAUUCAAUCAAUUUUUGAGGGCGCCAGCGACAUAUCUAUUUAAUGUCUCAAUCCUCUAUAUGGGAUACAUUUAAUAUCCAUGGUAGGGGCUCAACAAUCACUUUAUUAUACGAAAAAAAUAAAGAUCUUUCUCUCUCUCACUCCACUGUACAGCUGUGAGUAUGAUGCCAUCAAUUGAAAUUACUUUCAUCUCCCCAUGGGCUGUUGUAGAUGAAAUUUUGCCCGUCGCUGCAUUCAAAUACCAUUUUAUUGUGAUUUAUUCAUAUGCUGCGAGUGGAGUUUCACGAGAGACAGAUCUCUCUGACAGACUUCUUUAAUUUUAAUACAGCCACGGAUAUAAAUUUUGAUACAUAAUGUGUGACAUUUUGGGAAAACUCUCUAAUUUCCGCAUUGGAUUAACCAAUAGAGUAAAAACUUUAAAAAAAUGCAGGUUCGAAUCUCAAUCACACAUGUUUAAAAUUCUUUUUUUUUCAUCCCUUAUUAGAAUCUCAAUUUUAAAGAACUGCUUCAGUUUUUGUGUCACUCAUUGUGUUCUCUUUGGAUUUAUAUGAAAAAAAAUAAGUGAAAAUAUCACUUGGUUUCACAUGAAUGCACAAACAUCUUUAUUCUUGACUCUCUUUUAUUCUUCCUUUUGUGCAGAAAGAGAAAAAAAAAUUGUCUCCAAUUAAGUAUGAUCUUAUGCUUGAUAAUUAUCAAUGCUUUCUGGUAGAAGAAGCACACGGGAAAAAAACUAUUUUCUUUGCAAAAAAAAAGAAGACCAAACUAAUAUAAAUAGAGUUGUCGCAAUGAAUUGGAACACAAACAUUUGGACGUGAAUGUUCAUGGUCUUGUGAUUUUAUUUAAAUUGAUUGUAUUUACUCAUGUUUCAAUCUAUUGACUUUCUCACUGAAUUCGUCUUUCAUUUGGGGUGGACACACAGAGUUUUUGAAAGAAGUUAAAUAAAAUUUAUAUUCAAUGAAAAGAAAAAACAACAUACACUCCACUGAAUGCCUUGUGUGGUGCAAUUCAUCUCAAAAUGAUUGCAAUUAGACAUCACAGAGGUUUUUUUUUCGUGUGUGCAAUUAAACUUUCUUGAACCCAUCGUGUUGAUUGCAAUGCAUCAGUGUGAGUUGGAGGAUUAGAAAAUUUUCUUCACAUAGUCUCUGAGAAAGAAAAAAAAAUAAGAAGAUCUUCAAUACUGCAAAUUUCUAUUUUAAUUCCCCUUCAAGUUUAGAUAUAAUGUGUGUAUGAUUGAAUUUAAACUCUCAUAUAUACUUUGUGCCCUCUGAGCGUCAAUAUGAGAUGUUUCAAAGAGACGGUGAGAUUGCCUCGAGGGAGUGAAAAAUAAACUAAACCUCUACAUACUACGUAAAUAAUAAAUCUAUUAAAUACAAAAAUAGUUUUGUGUGAUAAUAAAAUAUAAAACUUUGAAGCAACUUUCUUCCAUAAUAAACGCACAUUAAUGGAAGUCAUUAUUAAUUAAAAGACGCGGUGUGUAAAUUGCUUAAAGUAUUGCUCUAUCUUAUGAUACCGAGAGUACUCAAUGAAAAUUUUAACGGGAUACGGUGUUUCAUGGUAAAUGCAAAAUAUGUAAUUAAAGAAAAAAAUGUUUAAAACUUGAAAAAUUAAAUUAAUGUGAAAGUUUAAUAAACAACGUAAAAACGAAUGAAACAACAAAAAAUUUUACCACUAGAGGGCGAAGAUAUAUAGCAGUGACAUCUAGUUUGUAAAUGAAAUUUAGGAAAAUUGCUCAUUAAUUUAUACAAACUUUGGAGGUUUUUGCAAAUAAAGAUCCUGAGACAAGGAUCAGCUCCUAAUUCGUUAUUUUUUAUAAUUUUAGAAGGUUGUAAAAGCUACCCAAUUAAUUAGUUAAUCAAUUUCAAAUUAAUUUUAAAUUCUCCACCCAAUCUGGAGCACGGUGUGGGGAUAUGAAAUAAAAUCAAAAGAAGCAAACUCUGUGAGAUUUUAACAGUACAUUCGCGAUAUUGUGUAUUGAAGUGGAGUCCCUCUGAUGUGUGGGUAUACAUUUUUAUGUUGUAUGUGUGUGUGUUUGGUAUGACUAGAAGUGGGUUUGAAUGUUGCCGCGAAAAUUAUUUCAAUUUAAUAAAACGUGCAGCUCCUCAGUCGCUCAGCGAUCGUCAGAGAGAGUGGAUUUAUUGGGUAUUAUAUGGGAGAAAACAUUCCCCAUAAUUAUUUGCAACAUAUAUACAAUACAUAUAUUUAUAGAUUUAUUUUGAUUACAAAAGUGAAAUUUAUGUUUGCUCUUUAAGCCUUUAAAUUGCGCGCCUACAAAUGAGUUUCAAUUUGUCGUGAUUAGACUUUUUAUCGCAUCAAUAUUCAGUGGUGCAGAAGAGGUGGAUAUAAUUGAUCUUUAAUAAAAAUCAAUCCCCCUUGUGAAAAGUAAACGAGGGAAAGACAUACCUAUAUUAAUAAAAGGAAAAGACAUAGAGUGGAGUGUUGAUGGUGAAAGAGAGCCCAAAGGGGGAGAAAUUGAAUUGAAAAUUGUGUGGUGAAAUGAAAGGUGGAUGCGUGUGAUUGCAAAUUAGAUGAACUGUGAAGUAAAGUUUUAAAGAAAAAAAAAGUGAUGCAUAAAGUGCAAUCACAAAUGCUACAAUGUCACUGAUAUGCGCCACACUGUGUGGACUUUCUGAGAGACAUUGAAUUUCUUUGCCGUGUGCUGAUCUCGCGAGACAGAUCCUCAUCUGUUUAUUGACCUCUUGCGCUUGAAACGGUGCUUUACACGGUGGUUUUUUGGCUGAAAACACCUCUUUUCGGCUGUUUAUUGUUGUGUAUGGUGUGUGCGCCCAAAAGUUGGUCAGACUGCAGACCAGCUACUUCCUUAUAGAUUGCCAAGAGUCGCAAGCCAGUUAUUUAGCUCACUUUGGGGCACACCACUGUGUGUGAGAAGGCAAAAAUUAGUGUAUUUUGUGCCAGCAAAGUGUCAAGGAGGAGAGGCACCAUCUCUAAUGUUCAAUUGAAGUGACUCACAGCGUGAGUGUGUAAUUAAAUACUGCUGUUUGGAUUUCCUUUGAUGAGUGUAGAUCCCAUCGUGAAAAAGUUUGUAGUAAAGUGCGCACCAUUAAGUGCAGUGUGCAAUGGGAUGAGCCGAUGUGGCUACAAAAUGGGGUUUUCUCAGCUGAUCUAAAAAAAAAAGAAGAAAAGAAAAACUUGCGGUGUGUUCAUCGUCUCGGGUUUUUCAUUCUCUCUAUUACCACCUAAAUGUGCGCAUGAGAAGCUGACCGAAUAGUUUUGUAAUCGGGAGGACGUAUUUUUCAACUUAAUCACCACUCAUGUCCACGAAUAUGGUAUUCCUGAAGGAUUUAUCAGCUAAAAUCAAGGGUUACCUAUUCAAUGGAGACUACAUUAAGCAUCCCGUCUUGUAUGAGUUGAGUCACAAGUAUGGAUUUACAGAUAAUUUACCGGAGAGUGCGCUCCCUAAUCGCCUGGAGGAGAUUAAGGAAGCAAUUAGGCGGGAAAUAAGAAAAGAAUUAAAGAUAAAAGAGGGUGCAGAGAAGUUACGUGAAGUAGCAACGGAUAGACGAUCACUCUCCGAUGUGGCAUCCAUCGUGAAGAAGAGUAACAGCAAAUUGGCUGAGCUCAAAUCAGAAUUACACGAGCUUGAGAGUCAAAUAAUUCUCACGCAAGGAAAUAGUGUCACAACCAAUGGUCAAGACAUUCUUUCAUCGUCGGAAAUGGCACCGAGUAGUGGUCCCGAAAUGACGCCAAAUGAUAAACUUCUUCAGUCGCUGGAGAAGCAACUGAAUAUUGAGAUGAAAGUGAAGAAUGGGGCUGAGAAUAUGAUUCAAUCCAUUUCUGGGGGUCACCAUGGGCGUGAUAAGAAACUUUUGGCGGAAGCACAGCAAAUGCUGGCGGAUUCCAAAGCAAAAAUUGAAUUUCUCAAGUUGCGCAUUCUCAAGGUGCGACAGAAUAGGCAUGUUAAUCAGGUGUCGGAGGAGAAUGGGGAUGUGAGGCCACGGGAUUUGGAGACAUCCCUCGAGGAGAGAAUUGAGGAGCUUCGGCAUCGUUUGCGGAUUGAAGCAGCGGUGGUUGAUGGUGCAAAAAAUGUGAUAAGAACACUGCAAAAUAGCAAAGUUCCAGACAAAAAAGCCCUCCAAGAGGCACAAUCUCGGCUAUCAGAGUCAUCACGAAAGUUGGAUCUCCUGCGGAAGGCGCUUGAAUUGCGUCGAAAUGAAUUACCACCGGAUUCACCGGCUGCGAAGCAGCUGAAGAAGGAAUUACAGAGUGUGCAGGCAUCAAGUCCCGUCCCGGUGACUUAUACAUCACUUCAACCCUUCCGUGGGGGUAGCGAAGGGAAGCCGGUGCAGUCACAUUCAUCACUGAGUCGCUGUGCUGCCGUCACGGGAAAGCUGGAGGUACGUUUAAUGGGUUGUCAGGAUCUAUUGGAGGAAGUUCCGGGGAGAUCACGUCGCGACAAGGACACCGCAUCGAGUCCAACGGGAGAUUUGAGGAGUUUCGUCAAAGGUGUAACAAGUAGAAGUUCCUCAAAGAGCUACAGCGUCAAGGAUGAGACGUCAUCUGAGAUUAUGGCAAUAAUAAAAUUGGACAACACAACAGUGGGACAAACGUCGUGGAAGCCAUGCUCGCAACAGGCAUGGGAUCAGCGCUUCUCAAUCGAUCUAGACCGAUCGCGUGAGCUGGAAAUUGGUAUUUACUGGCGCGACUGGCGAUCACUGUGUGCUGUUAAAUUCCUCCGUCUUGAGGAAUUCAUUGAUGACAUUCGGCAUGGUAUGGCGCUGCAGCUGGAGCCACAGGGACUUCUCUUUGCCGAAAUUAAAUUUCUCAAUCCGAUGAUUUCGCGUAAGCCAAAGCUUCAGCGUCAACGGAUGAUCUUCAAUAAGCAACAAGUGAAGAAUAUUCCACGCGCUAAGCAGAUGAAUAUUAAUGUGGCCACAUGGGGGAGGCUCCUCAAGAGGAAUACCCCAUCAAUUCAGCAAACCCCCCAGCCGGCUACGCCAACAAGUUUUGGUCAUGAGAGCAGUAGUGGCCCACAGCCGACACAGCUUGUCUUUGAUACGUCAAUCACGGAGAAUGAUCCAGUUGAGACACCCGGAGAUAAUCCCGAUGUCAACAUUGUGGGGCUCAGCGGUGCCAGGCCUUUAGGCAUCCAAGGAAUGGCUAUUCUGGGUCAGGAAGCCGCUGCGGUGGUCAAUCAGAAGAAUCAAAAUAACAAUGGGACUGUUUCAAUGCCUCCGCCUAGACCGCAGCAGCCACCACCUGUUCUUACAUCGUUCCAACAGAAGAAAUCUCCGGCUACAACGCCACCCACCUCCGUCAAAAUGGACAAAGAGUUACAGAAUGCACUGCAAGAAUUUGAUUUUCUGCAACAUGUCGAUCAGCAACAGCUACACGUGGACAAGCAGCAGCAGAGGCCAGAGACGACGCAUAUUCAGUCGUCGGCACAGCAUGUGGCUACGGAGUCCUCAUCAGCUCUGUCACGUGAACUUUUCCGUCCUGUACUGGCAAUGCCGCCCGUUGUGCUGAUGGGCGGCGGUGGGGGUGGUGCACACUUCGGAAUGAUGCCCACACCGAGCCCCAUUGUGGAGAUGCCACCGUCACCAGCGCCCAGUCAAUUGCAAAUUGUUGAUUUUCCCGAUGACGAUUGCAUCGAGGUGAUUCAGCCCCUUGAGAAUAUUUCCCUGAACAACAACCCACAAUUUGGGGGAUCGGCAAUGCCACAGCCAAUCUUCCAUCAGGCAAUGCCCAAAUAUCAUCCACCACCGACACAACCACCCCCAGCACCGCCAGUUGCUCAAGUUUCGCGCAGUCAGCAGCAGCAGCAGCAGCAGCAAGCUCAAGGGCAUGUGAUUCCGCCACCGAAUGAAUUUAUCGGUGAUGGCCCACCGACUCCUGCAUCCCGACGUCCCGUACGGGGGCAGCUGCAGUACCGCGACAGUGCGUACGAAUCACGACGGCAGUCACAGACGCAGGGGCUCUCAAUGGAUAGCUUCAAGUUGCUCAGUGUUCUGGGGCGGGGGCAUUUUGGGAAGGUUAUCUUGUCGCAGUAUCGCAAUACGGGCGAAUAUUUUGCCAUAAAGGCACUCAAGAAGGGCGAUAUCAUUUCACGCGAUGAAGUUGAGUCACUUCUCAGUGAGAAACGUAUCUUUGAGGUGGCCAAUGCCAUGCGACAUCCCUUCCUUGUUAACCUCUUUGCGUGCUUCCAAACGGAACAGCAUGUUUGCUUCGUGAUGGAAUACGCUGCUGGUGGGGAUCUCAUGAUGCACAUUCACACGGAUGUCUUCUCCGAACCACGUGCUGUCUUCUACGCAUCGUGCGUUGUGCUGGGGCUACAAUAUCUCCACGAGAGCAAAAUUAUCUAUCGUGAUCUCAAAUUAGACAACUUGCUCUUGGAUACUGAAGGCUACGUAAAAAUUGCUGAUUUUGGUCUUUGCAAGGAGGGAAUGGGUUUCGGUGAUCGCACAGGAACUUUCUGUGGUACACCGGAAUUCCUGGCGCCAGAAGUUCUCACAGAGACAUCAUAUACACGCGCCGUAGACUGGUGGGGUCUUGGGGUUCUCAUCUUCGAGAUGCUAGUGGGUGAAUCUCCUUUUCCCGGGGACGACGAGGAGGAGGUGUUUGACUCAAUUGUCAACGACGAAGUGAGAUACCCGAGAUUCCUCUCCCUUGAGGCCAUUGCAAUCAUGAGACGGUUGCUGAGAAAGAACCCGGAGCGACGUCUCGGAUCAUCAGAACGUGAUGCAGAGGAUGUGAAGAAGCAAGCAUUCUUCCGACAAAUAGCAUGGGAUGAUUUAUUAAUGCGGAAAGUCAAGCCACCAUUUGUUCCGACAAUUCGUCAUCUUGAGGACGUGUCGAACUUUGAUGAGGAAUUCACAUCGGAGAAGCCCCAAUUGACACCACCAAAGGAGCCCCGUCCACUGAGUGAGGAAGAGCAAAUGUACUUUAAGGAUUUCACCUACAUGGCUGAUUGGUGUUGAGGAGCCCUCCCAAAUCAUUUUUUUGUAUUUAUUUAGCAGAGUUUAAUCAACAAAAAAUAACAAAAUAACGAAUAUUUAGCAAAAAUAGGCGCAAUAACCAAGCUAGAGGCAAUUUUUUAUUCUAAAUGCAUCUUGCCUGGAAUAAUUCCUGAAAGAAAAUGUGCGGUUUCGAAUUUCUUCUCAAUAUUUUGAAUGAAAAGAUUUAAAAGAAAAAUCUACUGUGAGCUUAUUGAAACAGAAGAGAGAGAAAAAACUUUAAGAAAUGUAUUUGCUGAUUAUUGCAACAAUUUCUUGUAGCUAGAAAAUAUUUUUUUAGUGAUCAUUGCGUGGAAUUUUGCAGGGUAAUAAUUGAUAAAAUGAAGAGAGAAAAAAAUCAAAUUGUAAAGGGUGUUCCGAGUGAGACGCACAAUAUUUUUUUUCAAAAUUAUAUCUAAAUUUGUUUAUUAUUAUUUUAUUUCUUUAUAUUAUGUUUGUUUUUUUCUUGUCAUAAAGUUACAAAUAUUUCACACAAAAAUUGAAAGAUUGGUGAAGAGAAAUAAGGAAGAGAAUUAAGGUUUCUUGUGGAAGAUCACAAACAGACGCAUACCAGCGUCAAAAGAUUUUUUUUAAAAGAAUUGUAAAGAAUCAUUUUUAAACUAAUCCAAUGAUCUUUUGCAGAAGCUCCCAGAAUGACAAGGUAACUUUAUUUGUUGAAAUUAAAUAAAUCUUUGUGAGGUUUUAUAAAAUUUACGGGCAAGGCUAAAGUGGGGUAUUUUUGAAGGCAAAUUUCAAGUGAAAAGGAAAGGUAUAUUUCUCAUCUUUCCAAAACUGAUAAAUUUUUGAACAUCAGUCAACCCGUUAUUUCUUGGCAGCCAUUUUGGUAGCCAAAUCUUCAUUUUGGUAAGCUUAGGUGGAAGAUACUUUUUUCAAAAUUUCACAGAUUUUCACUUUGACCUCUUACAUCUCGGCCUCCAGUGCACUGAUUUUGACAAAUAGACUAUCGUUCAAAAGGUAAUUUAAUUCCCUUUCCAAAUCUGGUAAAUUUUUGAAAAUCGGUCACGCGGUUCGGUCGUGGUAGCCAUUUUAGUGAACCAUCGUGAAAAAAUACAUUUUUGAGUAUAUCAGGCUGUGGUUGACCGAUUUGAACAAACUCUGAUUCAAAUGAUAGCUAGUCUUCUUCUCUAACCUAAAAAAAACAUCUUGAUCUGCUGAAUUUCUUUUUCCGAGAGUUAAAAAUAUCUCCGAGAAACAUAACCCUAAAUAAUUAUGUUAAAACUUCGAGGACAAAAUUGGUAAUUGCUGCCAAUUUUGACUUUUUCGUUAGAAAAUAAAAUCAUAUCCAACUUGUUAUGGUUGUUAUGAUAAAUUCUACAUCUUUGUGUUGGAAAUUUCAAUUUCUUCAAGUUUAUCGAAAGAAAAUUUAGCAAAUCGUUUUCUCUUUGACAGAAAAGUAAUGUCAAAGUUUGAGGUUAAUGUUGAAGUAGUUUUGACCUAGAAAAAUAACUGUCUUUGAAAUCAAAAUGCGAAAAGUCAAAGAAAAAAAUAAAUAAAAGAAUUUUUAAUAAAUUUCGAAUUUCGUAUAAAUUUUAAAGCACUUCUCUUGGGACACCCUGUUGGUAUGAAAAUAAUAAGACUCAACAAAAAAAACUUUUACAAAGAAUUUUCUCUUGUGGUCUUGAGAUUAACAAUGCUUUUUUUCUCAAAAUACGCUGAUAAGGUUUCAAAAACUUUUAUCCAAUUAUUGGUUAAAAAAAAAAGAAGAUAAAAUGUCGAGUAAUUAAAUAGAAUGUUUUAUGCUAAUUGUGAAAUAACAAUAAUAUUUAAAAACUAGUUGUCUUUAAUUUUUUUUACGCAACACACGAUAAGGCAUAAAUUAACGAUGAGUUGAAAUGUAUUUUUUUCAUUAAUUAUUAAAUUAUAUUUCUGCAAUCCAAGGCGGAACUAGAAACAGAAAUAUGUGUACAUAGAGAUUAAUUAAUUAUUAAAAAAAAAUAAUUAGUGUGUUUGAGAGAGUAAAAAGUAUGGUGGUUGGAGGAGAAGCAAUUUGCAGAACAUUUUUGCCAAAUUAUAAAUAUUAAAAACACAAAAUAAAUAUGAAAUUAUCAAUUUUCUCUAAAGUCACGCGCCAAGGUGAAUUUUCUGUGUAGAGAGAACUUAAAGCAUAAAAUAAGUUUAAUGAAAAAAAGAAGGAAAUUAAUAUCAAAAGAUUUUUUUUUAGAUUCAUUGUUAGAAAAUCUAUCAAACUGAGAAUUUUUCUUCAUUAUAAUAAUUGUCAUUAAUUAAAAAAAAUCCAUCAUUGAAGUUUCUUCACAAGUUGUAACAUUUCUUUUUUUUUUAAUUAAAAAUCAUUUUAUUAUAUUAAUGUUAAAAAGAAAAAUUUAGGAAAGAAAAAAAGAGAAAAAUCUUUGAAAAAUUUAGAGACUGCUCCAUGUUUUUUUUUCUUCUAGUAAUAUCAAAAACUUGCAUUAAGCAGUCUUGUAAAAUGUAAGUUUUUCAUUUCUUUUUUUUUUGUAGAUUAUUUUUAAGAAGUUUAAUGCGAAGAAUAAUGUUUAUAUAUUAAUAACUUUUAUCUUAUUCUAUUAUAUAUACAUAAUUCUACAAUAUUUACUCUUUAUUUGUAACUUUAUUAUCACCAUACAAGAGUUUAGUUAAUGAGAAGAGGAAUUUUUUUCUGUUCAAAUAUUUAAGGUGCCUUCUGAAAAAAAAAUGAGACGAAAAAUCAAAUAAAUAUGCAAAAAAAUCCAAGAAAA